GGGUAGUUGAACGCUAGCGUUACGCCUAGCUGCGACUCGUCCAACAUGGCUGGCCAGGAAGAUCCAGUGCAAAGAGAGAUUCACCAAGACUGGGCGAAUCGAGAGUAUAUUGAAGUCAUUACGAGCAGCAUCAAAAAAAUCGCCGACUUUCUUAACUCCUUUGAUAUGUCAUGUCGGUCCCGUUUGGCCACUCUGAAUGAGAAGCUGACGGCGUUGGAGAGGAGGAUUGAAUAUAUUGAAGCAAGAGUGACAAAAGGAGAGACCUUGACCUAGAGACUCAUCAUGGAACGUCAAAGCAUCCUAGAGCUACCUGCCCAUCUCCCACCCUGACAUUUUGGAAUUAGUGUGAUGGAUUCCACCCUCCUUUUUACAGGAACAUGUGGACCAGUUUUAUAUUAUAUGGCCUGGUUUUGUGUUGUUUUAUUUCAUGCCACAUUUGUAAAGAAUAUUUUGGUCUGUCUUGGGUGUCAGUGACUCAAGCAUCAUCAAUGUUACAAAACAAAAAUAACCUCCAUAAUCAUUGGUUUUAAAAAACAUAGUAUGGAGUUUGGUUCUGGUGUCAGCACAACUUGUCGGACCAUCUGUGUUGUACACAGUGUCAUUACCACAGCAGAGCUUUUAUGAAGGGAACAUCCUUGUGUGCCAAGUCGAACAAGUAAUUGUGUAGUCAUCUUUAUUAAGAACCUUCUUGUACAGUGAACUGUUUGGUGAUGUUUCAGGAUUUAAAUACUGUAAUAAAUGAUUAACAUUGA